AUGGACCUAGGAGCUAGUCUUCAAAUAGUGAAUAUCUCCGCAUCCGAGAGCGUUUUCAUCAACUCUUCAGAAUCCCUGGAUUCGUAUGGCGACAACCUGCAUAUCACGUGGUUGAUUCACGUACCCGCCGGUAUGAGCGCUCUCCUGAAGUUCACCGACUUCAGCCUCGAGUACGGCUACGAUUUCCUCAAUGUGGGUUUCGGCAGCGAGCCCGGGCUGGAGGAGACGAGGCUGAUUACCUUGAGCGGAGAGCAACGACCAACUGCAGGGAAAUCGGAGAAAGAUGGCAUCCGAACCAGACAUCAGACAUCGUGGCUGCAGUUCAUCACAGACUCCAUCACAGAGGGGACAAAGUACAACGGGUUCUCUGUCAAAAUCAGUGCAAUUGAUGAAGGAGUGGAUCAUAGACCGCAAGAUUAUUCUAAUGAGAAGAUUCACCUCCCAGAUUAUGCCGGAGGAUCAGAGGUAGUCAAACUGGACUCGAAUGCACUGGUAUCGUACGUUUUCGAAGCACGCGAAGGGGCUUGUAUAGGCAUGUACUUGAAAGAGUUCAGAACAACUGACAGGAGUGCCAUACUUUAUAUUGGAGAUGGACAAGAAGUAGGGAAGAGAGACACUGUAUUACAUCGCCUUGUGGACACGACUGGACAAUUCGAUGCAUUCCCCGUUGAGAGCUCGGGCAGAUGGAUGUGGCUUAUGUUUACCAACAGCUACAGAUCUGAAGUAAACGACGAGAAAAGCGGCUUCAAAUUACGAAUAACCGAAAUCAAACCCCUCAUCACUCUCACACCAGGAAUUCCAUUGAAUUUUUCCUUCAAUGCAUCUGAGAGUGAACAACCAACGGGUUCCAAUGUGUAUGCUGCAGCAUGGGAAGUUGGAGCGCCGCCUGGAACAAAUAUCCGCCUAAAAUUUCUCAAACUUGAAAUGGACACUAAUCUAGAGUUCUUCAUGGUCGGUGACGGUUGGACUUACAUAAGAUAUGAACAGUACAGGUAUGCCGUCUCUUCGGGGAGGUGUUACAGUGACACCGAUGGGACACGUCCUCUCGAUGACGUCAUCAUCAAUCUCUCCCGUGUUUUCAUCGGUUUCUAUGGAUACGACAAGGGUGAGGACUGCAUCAUUGACGUUGAGCUGAGCGUGGUGGAGAAAGACGGUAUGUAUUAUUAUUGUUUUUUUGUUUUUUUUAAAACCCCACUAAUUUUACUCCACUAG